GUGACCGCCGCCUCCCGCCUCCCGCCUCUCCUGUUACCGUGGCAACCCCCAGGAGCCUUCCAGGCAGCGGCAGCAGCAGCUUCGCGGAGCAGGGGCAGCAGCGGCGGCGGCAGCUCGGGUCCAGCCCGCGCCCCGCACAGCCCUCCUGGAGCCAGCCGGCGCUGCGCCCGCCCUACCUCCCUCCCUAGCUCCCCAGCUCCCUCCAGCCCGCGCCCGUACGCCGGCCCGGGACCCUCAUGGAGCUGCUGGCUGCCGCCUUCAGUGCUGCCUGCGCCGUGGACCAUGAGGGCUCCUCCUCAGAGAGCGACCCCCGGGACUCGGCGGCGGGGCACCUGGCCAGCAGCGAAUCUUCAUCUACCCCUGGAACCGUGGCCACCCCAGAGGAAUACCCAGCCCUGGCCACGGACAGCCCAACCACUCUCACAGAGGCCCUGAAAAUGAUCCACCCCAUUCCUGCGGAUUCAUGGAAGAUUUUCAUCGAACAAAUAGGACUCUUGUAUCAGGAAUACCGUGACAAGUCCACGCUCCGUGAGAUCGAGACCAGGAGGCUGCAGGAUGCUGAGGUCCAAGUGGACCCGGACGAGUCCCCCACCAGCGAGGAGACCCCCCCUGAGGAGGAGGAGGAGGAGGAACCUGCCCGCUCCACCCAGAAGAAGGCUCUCCCCCAGAUCUGUCUGCUCAACAACACCAACUCCAGGUUCAACCUAUGGCAGGACCUGCCGGAGAUCAGGAGCAGCGGAGUCCUUGACAUCCUCCAGCCUGAUGAGAUCAGGCUCCAGGAGGCCAUGUUCGAACUGGUCACUUCGGAAGCCUCCUACUACAAGAGCUUAAGCCUGCUGGUGUCACACUUUAUGGACAAUGAGCGACUGAAGAAGAUUCUACAUCCGUCAGAGUCCCACAUCCUCUUCUCCAACGUCCUGGACGUCAUGGCUGUUAGUGAGCGGUUCCUCUUAGAGCUGGAGCAACGAAUGGAAGAGAACAUUGUGAUCUCCGAUGUGUGUGACAUCGUCUACCAGCAUGCAGCCAACCACUUUUCCGUCUAUAUCACCUACGUCUCCAACCAGACUUACCAGGAGAGAGCUUAUAAGCAGCUUCUGCAGGAGAAGGCUGCUUUCCGGGAAGUGAUCUCCCAGCUGGAGCUGGACCCCAAGUGCAAAGGCCUGCCCUUCUCCUCCUUCCUGAUUCUGCCAUUUCAAAGGAUCACUCGAUUGAAGUUACUAGUGCAGAAUAUUCUGAAGAGGGUGGAAGAGAGCUCUGAGCGGGAAUGCACAGCCCUGGACGCCCACAAGGAGCUCGAAAUGGUAGAUCUGUUGGUAAAGGCGUGCAAUGAAGGUGUCAGGAAGAUGAGUCGGACCAGAACAGAUGAUUAGCAUUCAAAGAAAAUGGAAUUUAAGAUCAAAGCACUUCUAACUUUGUCCUUGGUCUCUCACUCAGUCUGUGCCCAUCAUCUCUCCACUCCCGCUGGCCUGCUGAAGCAGGGGGAACUCCAACAGAUGUCUGGCCCCAAGACGUCCCGGACCCUUCGGACCAAAAAGCUCUUCCGAGAAAUCUAUCUCUUUUUCAAUGAUCUGCUUGUGAUCUGCAGGCAAAUUCCUGGGGACAAGUACCAGGUGUUUGACUCAGCUCCCCGGGGCCUCCUCCGAGUGGAGGAGCUGGAGGACCAAGGGCAGACGCUGGCCAACGUCUUCAUCCUGAGGCUGCUUGAGAAUGCUGAUGACCGAGAGGCCACGUACAUGCUGAAGGCCUCAUCCCAGAGUGAGAUGAAGCGCUGGAUGACCUCCCUGCCCGAAUCGGAGAACAAAGUUUGUUUCCUUACAUCGAGACUGCUGGACUGUCCGCAGGUGCAGUGUGUGCAUCCCUAUGUUGCUCAGCAGCCGGAUGAGCUGUCCCUGGAGCUGGCUGACAUUCUGAACAUCCUCGAAAAGACAGAAGAUGGUUGGAUUUUUGGGGAGCGCCUUCAUGACCAGGAAAGAGGCUGGUUCCCAAGCUCCAUGGUGGAGGAGAUUAUGAACCCCAAGAUACGAUCCCAGAAUCUCAAGGAGUGUUUCCGGGUCCACAAGAUGGAUGAUACCCAACGCAGCCAAAACAAAGACCGGAGGAAGCUGGGCAGCCGCAAUCGGCAAUGACAUCUCUCUGACUCAAGCCCCGCCCCCUGAGCCUAGGGCCACUAGGACAGUGAGCAGGACCUAGGAUGCCUGGAGAGGGAGAGAGAUUUCAGAGCCUAAGUAAGGUCUGGGAAGAAGAGGGGGGGAGAAGAGCUUCGAGGGGUAGCAGGCAGGGUGGGGUCUGAUCUUUCGAUGUGUGGACGGCGUCCACCCCAACCAAAGGGAUGCUGCUCUAUUUACUGUGUACAGAAGUACCCCCCUCCGCCCUCCCCCCUCUCUCCAUGUUAGCCAGUCCUGGUCCUUCCGGUGGCAGAUGCAAUGGGGGAGGGGGGGAGCAGAGAAAUUCCCUUCUUUUAAGUUCAUGAUUUAUAAACAGCAAGCCACGUGGAUUUUCCACCACCACCACACUGCAUUACCGCCUUUCUCCCUGCCCCUGCCCCAUCCUUAAGUGUGAGAAACCUUUCACUGCAUGGGCAUGAGGGGACCCAGACACCCCAAGCAUUCUCCCCGACCCAUACCACCUCCCAAGGGCUCCGGAGAGGCAGCCAGCCUUCAGCCACCGAGGAGGGUACCCACCAGGUGCCAAGUUCGAGAACCAGCUGCUUUCUGCUGUCGACACUUUCUUACAAUAGAGAAGAAACGUGGCCUGGUGGGGCUUGGCACCUUUAAGAUAAAACAGAUGCCAUUACCCCCUCGACCCCAGGAGGACACCCUAGGAAUAGGCCCUGGUGCUCGGAUAUUCACCUUGGGGUGGAAGUGUGGGCAGUGCCCAGGGCCCCAUCACUAGGUCAUAUUUGUGCAGGCCCCCUCCCCAGCAUGCCAUUGCCCCUUACCUAGGGGGCUCUACCUGCCCGCUUUGUUACUUGUGGAGAUGCAGAAGUCACCAAGCCUGUGCCCUCCUUUCCCCCGCCCCCAGACCGCAGGCAUCUUCCAGGGAGAACAGGCGGCACCAGGGUUUCCCCAGGCCCAAAUGAGGCCUUUUGGUGAUGCCCUGGUGGCUCCAGAAGUAACCCAGGAGGAGGGUCUGAGCCAGCUCCUUUCUCAGGGCUUCGUGGCUUGUGGGACCCCAAGAGGAUGGGCUGGUGAUGAAGCCACGUGCUUCCUUCCACUACCAAAGCCAAUGGCUUGGACGUACAUCCUAACGAAGCCACAGAACUGGAGAAGCCAGCAGUUCUCCCCAGUGCAAAGGACCAGUCCCUUCUCAGACGUGGGGAUCACGUGUCUAAGGGUCUGUGGAGGUGACGCAGGCAGGAUCGCAUGACCACCCACGCAUGCUCUGACCUUCCCGGGGAGGGGACAGCCCUAGCUUGGGUUCCUCAGAGCCAGCUUUGGAGGGGAGAAGGCUAUGGCUUAGGGUUAGAACACAGCCUGUUGGGAGGAUGCCAGGACAAGCCAGUCCACACACACACACACAUGUGUCUGUUGGUUCCUGCCUCUCCUUGCCACCCAUGUAUAUUUUAAAUGCCUUUUUGUUUCAUAAAAUACAUUACACAUGGUGAGA